CCGAAAGACUUGGUAGUGGAAAAUGACAUCCAACGUAGAUUGAAGCAACUUGAGCACACAGUCCAGCAGUUGACAGACUCUGUCAAUCGAGUCCUGCAGACUAUCGCUCCUUCACUACCUCGGACAAAUACUGGAACACCCAGUGGGCCCUAUUGUGCCGUCGUUACAGAAAAUGGUGGUCCUGAAUCAAGGCUCUACGGCGGCCCCUCGCUUUCUUUCUCCUUCCUAAAGGAGGCAUCCGCCAACAUUGAUGCAGUCCACCAAUCACCGGGCAAUGCUACUACCCAGAGUGCACACUCGGAACUUCAAUAUCUCUCCGGUCGAUUGACCACCACGGACGUUGAGCAACAGAUUUCAGGGGAUUCGACCACAUUCUAUAUACCUUCGAAGGCAACCGGCUACCGCCUGAUCAGCAGAUUCUUGGAGUAUGGUGAGCUUGGCGAACCUUUCUUCUCCUUUCCGCCGGACGACGUCAUAAUACAAGUGGUAUUUGAACCCCACAAAGUCCACGAAAGGGGAUGGAUCGCCUACUUCAAUUACAUGAUGCUUUCCAUCGUCUCGAAUGAGAACGGAGAAAACGGCGAAACGAAGAAUUUUCGGCGUAACGUGCAACUCGCGCUGAAUGAUAGCAGUAUCUUUCUCGAACCACGCUACGCCAAUGUGCAAGCUUUAUGUUUCCUAGCAAUGCAUGGCGAGGAUUACGCUGCGCCGAAUCUAUCUUGGAUGCUGUUAGGACAUGCGUGCAGACAGGCCGAAGCUCUAGAUUUACAUUCACCGGCUCACCAGGAUGUGGACUCAAGACAGCAACGGCUUUGUCUGUUUUGGAUGCUUUUCUUAAUAGAUAAAUCAUGCUCCCUCUCGUUUGGAAGACCGGCUUUCCUUCCCACGGCAUUGUAUAGAGAUGUUCCGUUGCCAGAACAGUCCUUCUUGCUCAAGUUCGUACCCCACGAGCGUGCUGGAUUUGGGGAUGGGCAGGGAUCUGCCUGUGGCUCGCGUUUCGGUGCUGCAAUUAUCACACGUUCAAUUUAUUGGGCAAAACUCGGAGGGUCGGUUGCGGAUCUUCUCGCGAUGGAUGGCUCGGUACAUCGAAGGCAAGAGAUUCGAUCAAGCCUCGAGAAUUGGUACUUGGAAACCGAUCAGUCUCUCACAACCAUCUUGCAUGUCGAAAGUGCCUCGGCAAGUGCCAGCCAAAUCCGAGAAAUGACUUUGGGAAUCAGCACUAUGAAGUUUCAGUAUUUGCAUUCCCUCAUUCUUCUGCUCAAGGGGGAUGAUUCUUCGUCGGUUCUACGCCUUUCAUCUGCCCGCGAAGCUAUCUCUACCCUAAGCUUAAUGGUGUCAAAUUGGAGCUCUGUAUACAACGGGGUAGUAUGGCAACUUCUAUAUUGUCCGUUUACCCCUUUCUUCGUGAUAUUCGGAAACAUCAUCCACAACAAUGGCGCCCAAGCAUCUACGAUCGAGCAAGAUCUGAACCUUUUAUCUGCGACGGUAGACUAUUUCGCGGAAAUGAGAUCACAGAUGCGCUUGCUGGCCACUGUAUGCUCCAGGUUGCAGCAUACUGCGUCUGUUUUUCUCCAACUAGCUCAGGUUCAUGUUUCGCGUUGUGCCUUGGCCGAGACUAUUGAAACCCCUGACAAGUCAUUUCAACCACCGUCUGUACAGCCCAUGGACAAUCAUAUCCAGCAUUCUGAAGAUUUAAUGGAUCUUGAUUUUGGAGAAUUAAACGUCACCAACUAUCUCGAAUGGUUACCUGCAGAUAUGGGCUCCCCAUUGUCUAUAUUUGAUGGCAAUCGACCGGGGGUGUCUUCUUCUCGUCUUGGUGAGAAGAAAUCCAUUCCAGGGAACAUGUUUGAUUGGUUCUCGUGGGACACCUAUUAUUCAGGGACUGAGACAUGGAUAGGACAUGAGGUUUCUUAA